AUGGCUUUUCUUCUAUGUAAUCUCACUCUUUCUCUCUUACCGCAAUCCAAAUCAAGAAUCAGAGACAAACCCUUUCACCAAACUCUUUCAUCUUCAAAACCCAUUUCUCAAUGCUCUUUAUUCUUCCCUUCUUCUCUUUCACUUCAAACUUCCACUGCACAGGUUGCUCAGGUUAAUACACCAUUAGCUACUCAAGAUAAACAGAAUCAGCAUCAGAAGGAUGAUUUUUAUCUCAAUCUUGGUCUUGCUGUUAGGACCCUUCGUGAGGAUAUGCCCUUGAUCUUUGUUAAAGACCUUAACUAUGACAUUUAUAGGGAUGAUGUAACAUUCCUGGACCCUUUGAACACAUUUACUGGUAUUGAGAAGUACAAAUUGAUCUUCUGGGCAUUAAGGUUUCAUGGUAGAAUUCUGUUUCGUGAGAUUGGUUUGGAUGUAUACAGAAUCUGGCAGCCUUCAGAGAAUGUGAUAUUGAUCAGGUGGAACUUGAGGGGUGUGCCUAGGGUUCCAUGGGAAGCUAAAGAAGAUGAUGAAGCCGAGUUUUAUCAAGCAGUUAAGAAUACAUUGGAUCAAGAAAGACAAUUGCUACAAGAUGGUUUAGCUACAUGUUCAUAG